AUGCACUGGAGAGAUGCUAGUGAAGAGGAUACAGGGGCACCAGAUCUGAGAACUGUCACAUUUCAUCCAGAAAGACAACCUGGCAUUCAGCUCUUAAGAUAUGGCGCUAGGCAGUUCAGAGAACCAGUUGAUUUUUCAAAACUGUUUUUGACGGAGGCUUUGGUUUUUUCGAUCUAUGUGGCCACCAAUCAUCAUGCCGAAAUACUUAUAUCUAGAGGGGAAAGGUCAUCCUAUGCAAGUCAAGGGAAUUGGACUCCUCUCACUGUAGAGGAAUUGUACAGAUUUCUCGGAAUUAUUUUAUACAUGUCUGUGGUAAAGUUCCAGAUGCUAGAAAGGUAUAGGUCAACGCAGGCUCUCUAUCGGAACAACCCAGUGCCAGGAGAUAUGUCGAGAACUAGAUUUCAUGCCAUCUUAUCCUUCUUACAAGUAACACCUCCAGCUGAUAUCAACAAAGCUGAGAAGUUGACGCGUGUACAGUCAUUGGUUGACCAUGUUAAAGAAAAGUCAAAGGAAUUAUAUCAGCCACACAGGGAAAUAGCUGUAGAUGAGAGAAUGGAUUCAUCAAAACAUAAGUUCUCUGGUAGUCGUCAAUUUAUUAAUGACAAGCCUAUUCGCUUUGGUAUAAAGCUUUGGGUUGUAGCUUGUAACAUGUCUGUGUACACAUACGACUUCUUUGUUUACCUUGGUAAAAAGAACACCAUAUUUACUGAUCAUGCGAAAGCUCUUGGCAAAAAAUUGUUUGCAAGGAAACUUUACCUUGUUGGGGUACUGAAAUCAAACAGUUUAUCUAUACCUGAUGAACUUAGAGAUGUAAAAAAUUGGGAAAGAGUAGCAACACGUGGUGACUUAGAUGGCACAGAGUUGAUGAAUUUGUAUUUGUUCAGUGGAAAGACUGUAAAGUAG